GGCACAGAGGAUCUUAUAUUGGUCGGAGACAGAGAAUAAAGCGUAACAAAUUAUCCCCGUCCAAUUUUCAACGUAACCCUUUAAUUUUGCUAUUUUUGUUAUGCAAAUUUAACUCAAACCAAUUGGAAAAAACUCCAUUUUCAUUUAAUUUUUAAUUUUUUGGGCACUUAAAUUUGAGAAAUUAUUAUCCACGCCCAUCUCUGACUCACUUGUGAUACAGUCUAAUUUCAAAAAUGGUAGACACAGCCCACAUAAAUUAGACCGAAGAUAUUGCCUCCCCAAAACUAAAGAUUCAAUUUUUAGUGUGUCAACAACAAUGGGUUCUGGAGAAACACCUUCUUCUUCGGAAACCACUAACAUUUCUAGCUCAGGGCUUAUCAAAAAGCACCAAUCGGAGCUAGAUAAUUUGACACUAACUACACAACCCUUCAAAACACUAAAGUUCUUCACAUUAGCUAUUAUUCAAUACCUGAAGCAAACAAUAAUAUAUCUGUUGGCCAAAGGUGGAUGGCUUAUGCUUUUCAGUUUUGUGUUAGGAGCCCUUGGCAUAAUGCUGGUUACCGUCGGCAGUCCUCAUGAAAAGCAUUUUGAGGAGCUACUUAAAUAUUUCCGCUUUGGACUAUGGUGGAUAACCCUUGGGAUUGCAUCGUCAAUCGGUCUUGGGUCUGGUUUGCAUACUUUUGUUCUAUACUUGGGUCCCCACAUAGCAUUCUUUACAAUAAAAGCCAUGCAGUGUGGCCGAGUUGAUCUGAAAAGUGCUUCGUAUGAUACAAUACAGUUAGAUAGAGGUCCUUCGUGGCUUGAUAAGGAUUGCUCGCAAUUUGGGCCACCGUUGUUUCAGUCAGAAGAAUAUGGUUCACAGGUUCCACUCAGCAUCAUUUUGACUCAAGUUCAGUUAGAGGCUAUUUUAUGGGGUAUGGGAACAGCUAUCGGGGAGCUUCCUCCUUACUUCAUCUCCAGGGCAGCACGCUUGUCCGGGAGCAAAUUGGAUGCGAUGGAAGAGUUGGAUACCGAAAAUAAAGGAAUCAUAUCAACCUACUUAAAUCACAUCAAGCUUUGGUUCCUAUCACAUUGUCAACACUUAAAUUUUCUUACCAUUUUGGCACUUGCUUCGGUGCCAAAUCCUCUGUUUGACCUUGCUGGUAUCAUGUGUGGACAAUUUGGCAUUCCAUUUUGGAAAUUUUUUCUUGCAACUUUUAUUGGAAAGGCUCUUAUCAAAACUCACAUACAGACGGUAUUUAUCAUCUUAGUUUGCAAUAAUCAACUUCUUAAUUGGAUAGAGAAUGAAUUUAUCUGGGUUGUUGGUCAUAUACCUGGUUUUGCUUCUAUUUUGCCUAGAGUGAUUGCUAAUCUUCAUGCAGUUAAAGAUAAGUAUCUGAAAGCACCCAAUCCAGUUUCCCCAAACGUCCAGGGGAAAAAAUGGGAUUUCUCACUUGCUUCAAUCUGGAACACUGUGGUGUGGCUUAUGCUUAUGAACUUCUUUGUGAAGAUAGUGAAUGCAACUGCUCAAAGUUAUGUGAAGAAACAACAGGAAAUAGAACUAGCUGCAUCAAACAUAUCUACAUCAACAGAUUAGAUAGAUAUGUCAAUAAAAUGCUCAUAUGUUCUGCUUGCAUUGCUCUCUUUUUAGCAGCACUUACAAGCAGAAAUUUUGGAAUUAUAUAUAUUCCUGAAGGCCCUUUUCAAAGUUGUUAUUACUCAUUGAAUCUGAGGUCUCAUAAGAGCUUCUAUAGGUUUCAAAUAUAUAAACACAAUAGAUAGCAUAAGUUGUGACAUUGGUUUUAGGCAACCAUUUUUGGGCUGGCUUUCAGAUUUUAACCACAUGUUUGCUACUUAAAGUGGAUUUAUUAGAGUCUUACUACCCUUUUUGGAAUAGUAAGCAACUUAGUUUAUCUGAGUAUUGAACACUGGGUUCUUUUUGGAAUAGCAAACUAAUUAUUGGUUAGUUUA